AAGACGAAUGCUUUAUGCUUGUAGCUUGGAAGAGCUCUGAAAAGAACGUUGAAACCUGACAUCUGUUUUCCUCGUGUGAUCGAAAGAUCCAAAGAUCGUCCAGUCUUCGCCACAUGGUUCAUUAGGGCUGGGUACAGCGCGAGGCGAGCCUCUUUCUUAGGAGUUUCAUCACAAUGACGUGUUCAUGUCACCCAAUAGCCUCUGUUCUUCUUUGACCCUUAUUGGAGAGGCCUCGUCCCCAAGUCUUGCAGAAGCUCUUGGAACUCAAAUGGAUAUUAUUCCAAGCUUGCUUCUCUUCUUUUGUCUCCACUCUGAAGGAUCUUUGAACCGCCUCGUACACAUUUUGGAUUCUAGUCUAACUAGUACCUACUGCACUCCCUUUGGCGCCACUACCAAAAAUGUCGCGACCCAAGUCUUGCAGGGAACAGGAGAAGCGGCCGUGGAUUUGAACCGGUACAAUUUGGAAUCGCUCGACACUAUAGAACAAGAAUGGACAGCGACUUUAGUACAAAAGGUCAAUGAAAACACCGUGAAACCCAAACUCGCCGCCCAAUCGGCCCGUGAAUUGUACGUCGAUACCAUCCAAGUCAGUUUUCCUCGCAGUGCUGGCGGGUUGGGAUUGGAGUUGGUGGAAUUGGCGGGAGGACGCGACGAUGGAUUGGGCAUUACCGUCGUUUCCAAUGUCUUGCCGGAAGGAGCCGCCGCUCAGGCAACACCCACACCGAUUUUACCCGGGGACAGUAUUGCGCAAGUGUCAGUGGUCCAACAAUCCCGUCAAGGAUUGGCCGACAGUGAAACCGAAGUUGUUGUCCAAACAGAAUGUCUCUCGUACGAUGCCACGGUCGCCGCCAUUCAAUCGUUGCCGCCUCCUUCUACUGGCAACGACGAAUACUACGCGCUCACGCUGAAACGAUUGCGCCGCAAACCCAAAGUCACCGUCAAAUUGCAAUUUCCAGAGGAUGAAAAAGAAAAAGAUGCCACACUAGAGUUAUUUGCCGGAGAAAAUUUGCGCCAUGGCAUGCUGGUCCGUGGCGUCAAGUUGAAUGAUCCACUCGCCCAACGAUUCGAUACCAAAAAUGGGGGAAAUUGCGGGGCAGGAGGAUUGUGUCGAACGUGUGCUGUCGCCGUUCAAUCGGGAGCUGAACUACUCAAUCCACAACGCGUCGCCGAGCAACAAAUGCUCGCCGAUAAUCCACGAUGGAGAUUGGCGUGUAAAGCCAUUGUCGGAUAUGGAAUGCAAGAGGGAGAAAUGACGGUACGAGUCACUCCGAGGCAGUGGUAG